GUACUCUAGAAACAUUGUAUCUCGGCUGAAUCGUUAAGCGGUCCGGUCGACUGCUUUCAGUUCAAGUCCUAGUUCUAGAGUUGUCUCGUCAAACCACCGCAGGUAGCCCUUGUUAUAGAGCUGGCUUUCAUGAAUAUCUCUCCAUCAAAAGUGUCAUACAGGCACUGGGUAUGAUAUUCUCGAAAUGUUGAGUGUGUCCCCAAAUUUCAGAUUCGGAACGCAAUCCUUACAAGUCUCGAAUCUUGGCUGCUACGAGCCGACGACUCCUCAAUCACAAUGACCUCGCAGACGACUCCGCGCUUGUCAUACGACAAUACUCCUAUCCCCGUGAGCCACAAUAGAAGUUGUAUCUUGAGUCAUGCAGCAAGUCCAGGUACAUUUGCUCCUGACUCUUCUAUCGUUCUGAUCGGAAUUCGUGGAGUUGGGAAGUCAAGUCUGGCUGUCAUAGCCGCCAAGGCCUUGAAUUUCCAGAUAGUUGAUGCUGAUCAACAUUUUCAGCGAACGACUGGACUGUCCAGUGCGUCAUACAUGAAUUCACAUGGUGUCAAAGAAUACGGUCUUCAGGAGCUAAAGGUGUUGCGACAGAUACUGGCUGAAAAUUCGACCCGAACAGUCAUUAUCUGCAGUCCCAGCUCCAUCACGGGCGCCGGCCGAGAUCUCCUACGAGCAUUUUCACGUGGGCAUCCCGUCAUCUUGGUUCUAAGAGACGCAGAUGAUGUUCAUCGCUACAUUGGUGUGUGGGACGCAAACGCCAUCUCAAAUCUUGUCAACCAGACUAGUCCGUUGUACCGUGCGGCAUCAAACUUUGAAUUUUACAACCUUUCUGAGUCCUUUCAUGAUGUGUCAAGCGCUCCAAACGGAUCACGGAAUCAUCCACCUUUGCCUCUAAUGCUGAAACAAGUUGAACGAGACUUUGUCCACUUCCUCUAUCAAAUACUGAAGCCUGCGGAUACACAAGAGAAUCACUACACGCAACACAUUCAAUCAAAGGUGCCCCCAGAAUCAAGGCCUUAUACCUACGCCAUGUUGCUCCCAUUAUCGCAAUGGGACCUAAUUGGUUCUCAGCUCAAGAACGUUGAUCUUCUGGUAGACGCAGUUGAGAUUGUUCUGGACCUCCCAGCAGUUGUUGAGGGGAAGAAUGUAUUUGAUAGCGCCAUGGCAAGCAUGGUCGCACGAACAUUCUAUUCGGUCAGAAGAACGCUUAAUCUACCGCUCAUAUUCAGUAUCAAUUCAGAAAAGCUCGUGUCUACAAAUCCAGGUACCUCAAUCAAGGUCGAAGUUAUGGAAAACGUCUACUUUGAGAUCAUGCACCAUGCGUUGCGCUGUGGCCCUGAAUAUCUCUCUGUCGAUUUACACGCAAAAUUUGAUCCCCUACAGAUACAGAACCUCAUUAAAAAUAGAGGUUCAACCAGGAUAAUUGGCAACUUUCAUGACCACUCGCCCGGUCGAAACGGCUGGACUGAACCAAGUCGUCGUCAAAGGAUGUUAGACGCUCAGGAGCUUGGAUGCCAGAUCGUAAGACUAUCUCAGGACGCAACGUCAGUAGAAGACAAUUUCGCUAUUCGGCAAUUUAUACAACAUACUUCGGAGUCGCGUAGGAUCCCAUUGAUUGCGUAUAACACUGGCAAGCUCGGUCGAUUCUCCUGUUGCGUGAAUUCCACAUUGACGCCUGUCACUCACCCCGUUCUUCGCUCAUCUUCAGCCAGCCGUGAAAAUGAUUGGCUUCUUACAGUACAAGAUUGUCAACGUGCACUCUACGCUUCAUUCUUUUUGGAAGAGAUGUACUUUGGCAUCUAUGGCUCAGGCAUUUUGCUUAGUCUUUCACCUGCCAUGCACGAAGCUGCUUAUCGGCUAUCCGGAAUGCCGCAUUCAUACAAGCUAUUUCAAAACACGUCUCUCUCUCAGUUAGAUGAGCUAAUGGGAGACCCUUCAUUUGGUGGGGCCAGUAUUACGUCUCCAUUCAAGGUGGAUGUUGUCAAACGAAUACAAUUUCUUAGCCCUAGCGCCAAGGCAAUCAAGGCAGUUAAUACCAUCAUCCCACUGAGAUCCAGUCAUGCGAGCGCCUUGUUAGAUAGAAAUCGACGUGGCCCAAUCGUGGCAUUGUAUGGUGAAAACACUGACUGGAUUGGUAUACGAACUUGUAUUCGGGACAACCUUUCCCCAAUUAAUGCAAUCGGACGCAACUCUUCUGGCCUUAUUCUAGGCGCUGGAGGUAUGGCUCGUGCUGCUAUGUACGCGAUGGUUCAACUAGGUGUUCGCAAGAUUUAUAUCUUCAACCGCACCAGAGAGCACGCAGAAGUAUUAAUUAAACAGUUCUGCAAUGAAAAUAUUGCAGUAGGCGGUGGUAAACAAUGUCAAAUAGUCUCGGCUCAAGAGCAGACCACGACACAAUCGGCCAGUUUCUUGAGCAAUACGGACACAAUCGAGAUAUGUGAGACAUCAAUCAUUUCGUCGCUAGAAGAUACUUGGUCAGCGGAUCAUACGCCACCAACUAUUAUUGUAUCUUGCAUACCAGCCAAAGAUGUACGAACGGGGUCUCCUACUAAUAUUGUGCUCCGUUCGGAUUGGUUGUCAAGUCCCACUGGUGGUGUUGUCCUAGAGCUUGCUUACGAUCCACUCGAGACGCCAUUACUAAAACAGAUAAAGGCCUUGGGGGAUCAUAAAUGGAUUGCUGUUGAUGGGUUGCACGUUCUCCCUGAGCAAGCUAUUGCGCAAUUCGAACUGUUCACGGGUCGAAAGGCACCUCAACAUUACAUGCGUAAAGUAGUUAGAGAGGGAUAUAUGAAGCAAGUACAGUCUGGACUUCGCUCCCUUGAGAGUAAAGGUUAG